GCCGCCAUUUUAGUUCCUGGAGAAGGCGGAAGCGCCGCCAUCAGCUCGAGCUGCCUGUUGUGCAAUUGGCAGUACGCAGAGACUCUGUGGGCCUCAGUCGCCAUCAUGCCGUCCACCCCGCUCAGAGUGGCCGUGGUGUGUUCUAGCAACCAGAACCGCAGUAUGGAGGCGCACAACAUUCUCAGCAAACGAGCCUUCAAUGUCCGAUCUUUUGGAACAGGAACACAUGUUAAACUUCCCGGACCAGCACCGGACAAGCCAAAUGUUUACGAUUUCAAAACUACAUAUGAACAGAUGUACAAUGAUCUCCUUAAGAAAGACAAAGAACUAUACACACAGAACGGUAUAUUGCACAUGCUGGACAGAAAUAAGAGGAUCAAGCCGCGGCCGGAGAGGUUCCAGAACUGCAAGGACUAUUUUGACCUAGUGAUCACCUGCGAGGAGAGAGUCUAUGAUCAAGUAGUUGAAGAUCUGAACUCUAGAGAACAGGAAACGUGCCAACCUGUACAUGUCAUAAAUGUUGAUAUUCAAGAUAAUCAUGAAGAAGCAACAUUAGGAGCCUUCUUAAUUUGUGAACUUUGCCAAUGUAUACAACACACAGAAGAUAUGGAGAAUGAAAUUGAUGAACUAUUACAAGACUUUGAGGACAAAAGUGCUCGAACCUUCCUUCAUACUGUCUGCUUUUAUUAAUGCAAGUCCAGCCAAGCCUUAUUCUAUCUACAAUAUGAUAUCAUAUUUCUGGAAAACCAAAUUCUAAAAAAACAAAAAGCAAAAAAAAACAACUUUUUUUUUUUUUUUUAAUGUUCCGAUUCCAUUUUGGUUUUGUUUCCCCCCCUCUUGUGUUUCUCCUGCAAAGUGUUUUCCCUUCAGGUAUUUUGUCCAGAACAAGCAGGGAUGUACAAACGUUUGUGUAUAUAUGGAAAAGAAAAUAUAGACUGAAAGAUGUAUAUGGAAAAAAAGAAGAAAAAAAGUCUGGCUUUCCUCUGAUUGUGCUGCAUAAGUAUUAUUUUAAUUUUUUUUUUUUAAAGAAAGAAGCGUUAUAUCUGAAAGAUGACUUUUGUUUUGGUGCUAGUUAC